CUGUUGUUGUUGCUGCUGCUGCUGCUGCUGCUGCUGCUGCUGCUGGGCAUUUCUAUUUUCGUUGUGCACGUUCAUUCAGUCAAUCUUUUACUGAUGAGUUCCACUCCUCCACCUUCGAGCGAGUUUCUUCGCUGCGCACGAGCCUUGUGCGUUCUUUCAGACCAACUGAAGGACGGCUGGACGAUGGAAUAUUCCCCAAGCCGACGCUAUGAUCAUAUCGCUGCAAUGACUCAACCAGCGCCACGACCAGGCUCCGUCUACUUGGUCAAGCGAAGCGUGUCCGUCCGAGCUGCUGGGUGUAGUAGGAGCAGCAGCGAGUCAAUACAGGCCGCUGAAACUCAGGACCAAGCCCAGCCAGUCUCACCCGCCAAUCCUGGCCUCGAGGCUCCGAUCGAAGACAUCCCUGAUAUGGACGACGUGUACACCGAGGAAGCAUCCGACCCGGGCGAGUUGCGCGGCUCGAGCAAUCUGACGUCCGACAGCGCCUCGUUCGAUUCUUGGCACACGUACGAGUACCACGUCGUCUACCACAAGACUUACACAGUUCCGGUCUUGUAUUUCAAUGCCAGUACACUUGAAGGCAAGCGGCUAACAGUGGAUCAAGUCUGGAAUGACAUGCAUAACUUGCACAAGGAUUCUAUCGAUGUCAGUCGGUCCUCAUUCUUGUCGCAAGCGGAGCAUCCCGUGCUUGGGAAACCAUUCUUCUUCCUCCAUCCGUGCCAGACUUGCGACAUGAUGGUUGCGCUGUUCGGUCCGAGGCUGGCGGCGCACUGCUCGCCCGACCAGCCUCUGUUUGACUAUCUCUUGGCCUUUUUGAGUAUCGUUGCGCCAAUCGUGCGUCUAAAUCUGCCACUGCAGUAUCACGCGGCACAGAGCAAGCUUGUGUCAUAGCUGUUUUGCUUAAAAUGAUAAUAUUUCGCAAAAAACCAAACGAAUAAACCACGACACCAACAUGAA